AUGCCGAACAAGGGUAAACGCUUCCUCGCAAAGGCCUGCCUUGUCAACCUGUGGGGCCGCUGCGGACUGAAGGCCGACCGUUCUUCAGUGACUUUUGCGAACACACAGCAGGCGGUUGAAAAAGUUUGGAAUGAUCCUACACUCGACAUUACCUACGACAAAAUUUUUGAAGCAGGAGACACGCCAAUUUGGCUUUUCACUCAUCGGAAGAAGCAGGAUUGGAUUCAUUCUGCCCCUUUUGGUAGCCUCCCUAUUGCAUGCUUGACGACGUCCUAUGGUAGGAUCCGGUUAACCAAAUGGCUGCUCGAGAUUGGAUACGAUCAGAUUUUGUACUCGGACAGCGACUCAUGCGUGUGGAUUGCCCGCGACGACGAUCCCAAACACCAAGAAUUUCUGAAGAGGAAUGCUGGCGAAAACCUAGGUCAACUGAAGAAUGAGACUCACGAUGUGUGCAAGUGUUCGAACUUCUGCCGGACGCGGACGGUGGCAUCAACAGUUUCGAUAUGGCGGUUUCUGGGCAGUGUGGACUUAUGGUCGUCGUACACGCCGAGC